AUGGUAAUCACGGCAACGGCAACGACGACGACGACGACGACAAACGAGCCGUCGACGAUGCUCGCGGAGCACCAACUCGACCAGACCCAGAAGCAAAUUGUGGCCGGACUCCUCCGUCAGAGGCCCACAAUUGUGCAGGCGGAAGUCAGCGGAAGCCCGUCGCCGGGCACCAACGAGACAGACUACGCACACCUCAUUCAGGUACCCGGGGUUUCUCGCUGUGAGGUCACUGCGCCGGCGCCGAUUUGGCGUCUUUUUGAAAGGCGCCGGCGCCGUUUUUAUCGGACUCAAUGAGAAAAGGCGUCAGAGAGGCGCCGAUUCGAAUCGGCGACGCCCCCUUUUCACAGGCACCGGCGCCAUUUCGUUUCGUUUUUCCUUCUCCCAGUAUAGUUUUGUAUUGGGAUCAGAGAUGUUGGGAAUUCCUUGUUCCGUGUUCCGUAAAAAAAAAAUUUCCGUGUUCCGUGUUCCGUAAAAAAAAAUUUCCGUGUUCCGUGUUCCGCGUUUUUUUCAAUAUUUUUUCCGUGUUCCGUGUUCCGUAAAAAAAAAAAAUUUCCGUGUUCCGUAGAAAUAAGUUUUUUCCGUUUUCCGUGUUCCGUGUUCCGUAAAAAAAAAAAUUUCCGUUUUCCGUGUUCCGUGUUCCGUAGAGUAAAAUUGUUAUUCCCAACAUCUCUGAUUGGGAUACUAUACUUUUGAGGGGUUACUGUAGUUUUACCUUUAAUGUAUCUAUUGUAUAAACAACAACAUCAAUGGUACUUUAGUCCAGUCUUUGCGAAUAUUUUUUUAAAUUUCGUAACAUUAGAGAUGAACUUGAACUACCGUAAUCAAAACUGAAUAUUCAUACUGUUUCUACAGUAACCUUGGCUCUUCAUUCGUCCCAACUCACCUACCGUACUCCUACCGUACUCCUUUCCAGGUUUUCCAAACGCUCGCCGGCCCUAAUCCCUCCUACCAAACGAUAAAAACGUUUUCGACGGUACUGAUGGAGGCGCACCCGAAGUUGGGCCAGAAAUUGAAAGAGGAGGACUCGCAGCGAUCGUCGAGUUCGUCGCCCAGUUCGAGCACGUCGGGAAUGCAAAAGAUCAUUGUGCAGGAGCCCGAGUACAAGCCGCGCAACAUCCGCGAGAAAGUGUUCGCCGACGGCUUCAUCAUGUCGUUCGACAAAAAGUCGUGCUGCGGCACCAAAAUCUUCUGGCGGUGCGAACGGAAAAACGAUUGCAACGCGCGCAUGCAUUCGGACUGUCAGACGCGCGAAAUCGUGCGUAAACUGCAUCCGCACAAUCACGAUCCGCCCUCCGCCGAGGAGUUGGCCUUCUACGAGCAGGACUUCAAAGUGUUGGAGCCGAAUUUCGUGCAUCCCGUGAAGAGUGUGAGUCAUUUUUUGCAAAGUUUGAACAAAUUUAUGAAAUCGGCAUGUUUUUGUAGUUGAUCACAUGUUUGUAAGGCAACUCCUUUGGGGUACAGUAGCUCUUGAAAGUUUGGCCAACUUCCAAACGCUACAGUAAGCCAGGGAGUGAUUGCAUUUAAAAGGUGUCAACUAAACAAAUAUAGCUCAUAAAUUGUACUACAUUUGUGCAGUUGAUAACUUUUUCCGACAAGCAUUUUCUGGGGUACUGUAGCUCUUGGAAGUUCGGACAACCCAAAUGCCUAAUUUUUUGACACCCAUCUUAUCGGGCCUACAGUAGUCCAGAGAAUGGACGUACAAAAAAACAGUCAACUGCAAAGAUAUAGUACAAGACGUGUAGAUUUUACUUAAAAUGUUUCUAAACGUCCAGGGCGCCGUGAAAGUCUACAAUAUCCGUUUACAGAUCAACCGCUCCUACAUGCAACGAAAACUCUCGCGUGCCUCCAAUGCCCAUCAGGUCCAGACGAUUCAAAUGUUGCCGGAGCCGAUGGAGACGGACGCGACGUGCGCGCAGACCACGAAUUCGAUAAUGCUGCAGGCGGCGAUGAGCAGUCUGGCGCAGGCUAUAAAUGGAGCCGAGCCGACCGGGACCACUGCUGGCCCCUCGACAAGCGCAGUGGUUGUUGGGUCCAAGAGGCCGCCCUCCGUCUCGCCGCCAAUGGUUCCGAUUAAAAUGAAAUCGGUAAGAUUUUAGGCCAAAAAUCAAAAUUUAUUUCAAGAAAAAUGCUUCAGAAAAUUAUGAGAAAAAUAUGAAAAUUUUGCAGCCGCGAUUCAUCAAAAAAGAAAUGGACGAGAUGUCGCCGGCGGAGCUGAUGGAACAGGAGGACUUUCAAAAAACAUUCGAUCUGACCAAGAAGCUGAUGGAGAUAAUGCGUCCGAAACUGACGAUCGGCGUGAAAUGGGACCGCGACGACGAGAGUCUUUUGCUGUUCCUCUCGAACGAUCAGGGCGCCGAGGAGAACGUCUUCUUUCCAGUUGUCGUCAAGAAUCGCACAGAGGUACGUCUAUUUAUGCGUAUAUCUCGGCUGCCGGUGGAGAUUUCAAAAAGUUGUCAACUAGUAAAUUGUUUGGAAGAACAUUUUACACAUUUUGACAGUUGACCACUUUUUGACACCUCUCACGGCAGCUGAGAUACAUUGACAUUUUUGAAAUUUUGCUUGUAGAAAUCCCUCGUGACCGCUCUCGAAGGAUUCACCGGAAAACGAUUCGAAGGACGGUUGGCAAUGAGUUGCUCGCCGAAAGUCAACGUGCUCAUUCAUGAAUCGGUUAGUACUAAAACAUGCCACUGACUCGAAUAAUUGUUGCAGCUGAUUCUCAACUGGAAGCACGGCCGUCUCUUCUUCGUCAACUCGGAUCUACCGCAACUUUGGCGUCUAACGCCCGUCGACGCGUACGGUGAUCCGCUGAGCGCCGUUUGA